GGGUAGGCUUGGCAGCGGUUUCACGUGAAUCAAGUCUGCGAGAACUGCCGCCGUCUCUUGCCCGUGAAUGACCGCGCGCGGCCAGAGCAAUAGCCACUAUGAUCACACAACUCCUCCCAACGGGGGCUCCUCAGAUUUGUUCAACCCGUCAGUGAAAUGAGCGAUUUGAUAAAUGGUUAUAGUGGAAACAUUAGUGAGUAAAAGGCCGGACGCAUCUCGUCAUCAUUUUUCUGAUUCGGAGACAUCGUAUGGUGACAUUCAGCAGUGAUGACGUGCCAGUCCAAACGAACAAUUCCAAACGGCGAUGGUGUGGAACUCCUCAUCUGGGUCGUGAUGACUGGAUUCCUUCUGGUCGGGCCUCAAGGAGCGAAUGCAUACCCUAUAUGGAACUUUAAGGAAGAAGUUCAUGGCUCUGGUGUUUUGGUGAUUGGGAUUCGUAAAGAUGCCCGUGCCCACGUGCUCCACCUGAACAGGAUCAAGAGGUACACCCUGACGCCGGAGAAGCUGAAAUGGGACAAGUUCAAGCUCACCUACAAGGUGAUAUCAUUCCCGAGGAAUCUGAUCAAUGCCACGGACACGCGGCGAGGCAUUGCCAAGGCCUUCCACAUGUGGCACGACGUGUCACCCUUCACCUUCAGGGAGGUGCCCGUAGAGGAAGAGGCCGAUAUCAAGAUUGGGUUUUACCCGGUGAACCACACAGACUGUAUGCAGUCGUAUCUGCACCACUGUUUCGACGGCAUUACAGGGGAGCUGGCCCACGCCUUCUUCCCCCCGACGGGGGAGAUCCACUUUGACGAUGAUGAGUACUGGAUCCUCGGCAACAUGCGAUUCAGCUGGAGGAAAGGGGUGUGGCUAACGGACCUGGUCCAUGUGGCGGCUCACGAGAUUGGCCACGCUCUGGGCCUCAUGCAUUCCCAGAAUCCCAAGGCCCUGAUGCAUCUCAACGCCACUCUGACGGGAAGGAAGAAGAUUACACAAGACGAGGUCUGGGGCCUCCACCGCCUCUAUGGAUGUCUGGACCGGCUGUUCAUCUGCUCUGCGUGGGCUAAGAAGGGCUACUGUCAGAGCAAGAGGAAACUCAUGCAGAAACAUUGCCCCGAAAGUUGUGAUUUUUGCUACGCGUUUCCAUUCCCCACAAUCGCUCCGACUCCUCUUCCUGCCAGAACUAAAUUGAAGUACGUCUCCGAGGGAAAGGCCCUCACCUUCCGCUGUGGAAAGAAGAUUGCGGCGAAAAUGGGCAAAGUGUUCUGGUAUAAGGAUGGGGAGCUGCUGGAGUACUCUCAUCCAGGCUACAUCACCCUGGCUGACGACCGCAUCGUCGUCAUCGCCAACGCCAUCAACGAAGGCACGUACACAUGCAUCAUACGCAAGAAGAACAAGGUCCUCACCAACUACUCCUGGAAAGUACGUGUGCGCUUCUAGCGGCCAGUCGACCUGUCGAAAGUAGAAAACACACACUAGUAGUUACAGUUGGGGAACAUAUCUAUGAAAGUUUUAUUUGUAACUGUGAUCAUAAAUAAAAGAAAGACUUG